AUGUCUACAGCUAAAAUUAAGAAGGCCCCUUUUGGUUUAAGUGUGAAACGUUUCGGAAAAAUUACUGUGCAUCCAGGUUUAGACCCAAGCGGUCUUUAUUCAACAAGACCAGACGGCUGUGAUCCGUGCCUUUACAACCCAAAAAAUAUUAGUAAAAGUUUUCCUAUUAAAAAAAAUAGAAUUUCCAGCAAGGAUCCAUGGAGAUACAAAGCAGAAUUGGAAGAUUGGGCAAGAAAUCUCGGGUAUAGAAAUCAGAAAGUUUUACAACAAAGAAAAUGGUUCGAUUCCAUUCUCGGCCCCGCUUGGCAUGAGGUUACAUACGGAAAAAAAUACGAAGCUGCAUGCAAAAACCUAGGCUUUGGGAGAACUCCUCGCGAUAAAACCAAAAAGAGUGAGAUCCCUGGACCCGGUACGUAUUACAAAAGUGUUCCUUUUAAAGCCCCUUAUGGUUCACAUUCUGUACGACCUAGUUUUGAAAGAGAAGAACCUUGCAGAUUUAAAGAUACCUCAACGAAAUGGUCAUUGGCACCUAACCGUUACAGAGUGAUCGAUAAACAAUGUGUCGAAAUGAAAUCAAUGAAAGUUGUUUCUUUACGUGGACCAUAUGAUCUUUUUACGGGAAAACGUGACGAAAGUACAAUAAAAAAUCAUUUCGCGAGUAUUAUGAGAUGUACUGCGGCUACCUGGCCCUUAGCCCUCGGAACGACAUUAAAUAGAUACAAAAACUCACACUUUGGAACGAUGAAUAAAACAAAUCGAAGUCUUCCACACAGAGGACGCAAUACUUUGGUAGAUAUAUCAAUGUGUAUUCGAAAAGCUGAAGAACCUGGACCAGUGCAUUAUAACAUCAGUAAAGUUAAAACAUUUAAACAGAAUAAACGUGGUUUUAAUAGCAGCUAUGACAAACCGCCAGGAUAUAAACGUGUUGUUGUAUGGCCGGGAGUCGGAAGGUACACCAUAAAAAAUAUAGAUUGCGGCAUUGACGGCAAGGGGCAUCGGCACGUAUUUCUGAGCAAACAAAAACGGACUAUUGGCGCUAUUCUGCCUGAACCGAUGAACUCUUUUUAAGAAAAACUAUUUAUUUACAGGAUAAGUGCGUUAUAAUUGUAUCACCUAGCUAAAUGUUCAAUACCAUC